AUGUCACGCCACAACAGGCAUCAUCAGUCCUGUCGUGAGCUCCAUGUUGUGGUGCUGGGUGCCGGAGGUGUUGGAAAGAGUUGCUUAACAGCUCAAUUCGUUCACAAUGAGUGGAUCGAGAGUUACGACCCGACAAUUGAAGACACCUACCGGACACAAUUACAGGUUGAUGGACGGCAAGUGGUCUUGGAAAUCCUCGACACCGCGGGCACAGAGCAGUUUGUUGCCAUGCGUGACCUUUACAUGAAAUCUGGCCAAGGCUUCAUUCUGGUCUUCAGCAUCACCUCAUCGUCCUCUAUGAACGAGAUUGAGAUGCUCCGAGAGGAAAUUACCCGCAUCAAGGACGACGACAAUGUUCCCAUCGUCAUCGUCGGCAAUAAGGCCGACUUGGAAGAGCAGCGGUCCGUACCUAGACAAAGGGCUUUUGCGUGCUCUCAGAUGUGGGAUGCGCCUUACUACGAAACGAGCGCAAGGACACGAACCAACGUCGACGCCGUUUUUAUAGACAUUUGUCGCCAGCUUCUCAUGAAGGAUGAGAAGUUCCAAAACCAAGCCGCUCAUGAAGAUGAAGACCACGAGUACGAGAAAAACCCAGGUCUCAUGGGUUUUGCAAAGCGGAAGCACCGAAGGCGCAGACGUCCUGACGGUCACCGAUGCGUCAUCCUUUGA